AUGGCUGUAGCAAGCUCUCCUUUGCCUGUGCCCCAGUGGCUUACCGAUUUUACUGGUAUCACUGAGUGGCCUGGGCUUGAUCCUCCGUAUAUCCCUAUGGACUUCAUCAACUUCAAUGACUUGCCUCCUCAGCUGGAUUCUUGGAAACGUACUUUGGGCGACUGCCCUCACCACGUUACUUCUGGCGCCGUGUGCUCUUUUGACUGUGCAAACUGUGUGGCUGCUGACGACGUCUACACUUGUCCCAGGCUCAGUCAAACGUUUGACGAUGGGCCUACUCAGUUUACGCCAGCGCUUACGAGCCAACUUCGUAGUAAAGCGACCUUCUUUACUAUUGGCGUGAACGUGGUACGGUUCCCUCAGAUCUAUAGAGAUACCGCUGAUAUGGGCCAUAUCAUGGGCUCCCAUACUUGGUCCCAUCCAUUCUUACCACUGCUUAGCAACGAGCAAAUCGUCGCCCAGAUCCAGUGGUCGAUUUGGGCAAUGAACGCCACUUAUGGCCAUUUGCCUAAAUGGUUUAGACCUCCUUAUGGCGGUAUUGACAACAGAGUUCGUGCUAUCGUGCGCCAGUUUGGAAUGCAGCUGGUGCUUUGGGACUACGAUACCAUGGACUGGCUGUUGGUGUCUGAUGAGAGUAAACAUGAUAGGGAGGUGAUUAAUGGUAUUUUGCUGUAUAAGAGGAAUAACGGUGGAAGAGGUCUUGUUUUGGAACAUGACUCUGCAAAGAGAACUGUGGAUGUGGGAAUUAAGAUCCAUAGAGCUAUUGGUUCGAACCAGCUUACUGUGCCGCAGUGUGUGGGAGGAAUUGACUAUAUCAAGACCUUCCCACGGCCAGAUUUUUAG